AUGUCCCAACCUCUACCUAAACCAAACUAUGCCUUUAACAUUCCGAGCAUCCACGAUGAUCUAGAGCUAGACUGUCGCCUGCAUUAUCCAAGGAGGACGGAACAGAGUUCUGAUAUCUUUGGCAAAGCAUUUGCAAUUUUCGCCCAUCCCUACGCUACCUUGGGCGGGUGUUACGAUGACCCUGUGGUUGCCCUUGCCGGCGGAAUUCUCCUCCAAUAUGGUUGUAUUUUGAUAACCUUUAAUUUCAGAGGUGCUUCUGGUUCAGCAGGAAAGACUUCAUGGACUGGCAAGCCCGAACUUGGCGACUAUGUUUCCGUCUAUGGCUUUGCACUGUGCUACAUGAACGCGAUAUGCCAUCGACAAGAGGGUGUCAGUGCUACGCCAAGGGAUGAUAGUCCCCUCCUUAUCCUUGGUGGAUAUUCUUAUGGGUCCAUGAUCGCGUCGCAUGUGCCUCCUCGAGAUCAAGUGCUUGAGAUUUUCAAGUCACCAACUGCGAAUUCGGCUGAAAGCGAAAUAAAACUUCGGGCCGAAGACUUGUCUCGAGAUGCAAUAGCAUAUUUUGAUAUGCACACGCCCAGUAUGUCACUAUCGAUUAGCCGUGCCCGAGGCCAGAAAGCGGAGGAUGGUAGGCAUUUACAUCGAGCCGUAGCAAUGGGUGGGUAUGAAUCAGAGGUCACUAGUCGAAGGGUGAGCCGAGAGUCUUCGAGAAGGAGCUUGGAUGGAGAAAGGGUCAGACAAAGCAUCGACAAUGUAAGGCGGAAGAUCAGUUAUCACCGAGUCAUCACCCCUCAAAAAUCAGAAUCCAAGAUGCAGGCACCGUCGGGAGAUGAUCUGAUACUGCCUCGAAUCGCGUACAUUCUCUUGUCGCCGUUGUUGCCCCCAAUAGCUGGAUUUACUACAAUGUUCUCGAAGUUACAUUUCGUGGCGAGAAAUGGUCGCUCGAAUAGGGCCUCCGCAUCAUCCAGCGUGGAGUUUGGGGAACUCACGACCAACCCGUGCAUCUGUAUCUACGGCAGUAAAGACGCCUUUACCAGUGACCGCAGGCUUCAGCAUUGGACCGAGGGCCUUCGUUCGAGAUCGGGCUCGCGCUUUGUGGCCAUUCGAACCGACUCGGGCCAUUUCUGGCAAGAUCCUGAUGGAAUCAUUCGGUUGCAACGCGGAUUGAUCGACUGGCUGAAAGCGGUCAUACCGUCGAGCCACUCUGAGAGGACGGAAGAUGCGCUUCCGACUACACAUCGUCAUCACGACUCAGGAGAGAGUGCAAUAGAGAGACCGGCAAUUGUGAACGGAUGA